AUGCCGAUAACUGGUGGGACACCACAAACUUCACAGGCGACCUCGUCUUCGGCUUCAACCACAGGACCUAGUAGUUCUGCUCCCUCAGUGACACCAUUGACAGGAAGCACAUUCUCACAAGAGACCACCUCUUCCCCAGUCAUCACUCAGACAACUGGUGGGCCACAUUCAACCACACCUUCGGUGUCCACAGAGCCAACGUCACAGGCAAGCACUUCUACGACUGCUACCCUUGGCACUGUAUCGACAUUAGCAACGACCGGCCGCACCUCCAGCGCAGUCACAGAUGUUUCACAGCCAACCACAGCCCAACACAGCACAUCCCCAUCAACAUCUGAAGUGACCAGCUCAGUGCCAGUUAGUGCCCAAACCUCAGCCUCACCUCCCACCAGCUCCACACAAACCACCGGAACGGCAACGGCAACCACAGGAGCAACUCCACAGACAACCGCAUCCUCUGUUGCCACGACAGAGACCAGUUCUUCCCCAGUGACCACACAACAGACCAACUCUUCUCCAUUCACAGCACACACAACUGAUAGGGUUACUACAACCACACCUUCAACAUCAACCAUUACUUCACCAUUAACUUCUGAACUGUCAGCAACUACAACCACAGGAGCAACUCCACAGACAACCACUGUCUCUGUUGCCACGACAGGGACCAGUUCGUCCCCGGUCACAACCCACACAACUGACAGGGUGACUUCAACCACUACAGCCACACCUCAAACAUCAACCAUUACUUCGCCAGUCACUUCUGAACCGUCAACAACUACAACCACAGGAGCAACUCCACAGACAACCACUGUCUCUGUUGCCACGACAGGGACCAGUUCGUCCCCUGUCACAACCCACACAACUGACAGGGUGACUUUAACCACUACAACCACACCUCCAACAUCAACCAUUACUUCGCCAGUCACUUCUGAACCGUCAACAACUACAACCACAGGAGCAACUCCACAGACAACCACUGUCUCUGUUGCCACGACAGGGACCAGUUUGUCCCCGGUCACAACCCACACAACUGACAGGGUGACUUCAACCACUACAACCACACCUCCAACAUCAACCAUUACUUCGCCAGUCACUUCAAAACCAUCAACCACUCCUUCAUGCACAGAAGAAGAAUGCCGGUGUAAUGGUCAACCAUGCUCUUAUAACUCUACACUUGGACGUUGUCAAUGUGUCUGUGAUCCUGAGCUCUUCUAUGGAGAUUUCUGCCAGUAUGGCUUCAAUGAAACCGUUGCGAAUUUGAAUGUAAGUGGCAUUCCUCCAAGAAUGGCAAAUAUUUCCCUUCGAAUUAUGAACAUUGAUUUCGACGCUUUGUCAAUCCAAGAAAAGGAGAAUCUUACACAAAUUGUGCAGAAUCAGCUUACACCUCUGUUCAGAAGAGCUGAUCCUCAGAGCUUCAAGGACUUCACAGUGACAAGACUAAGAAAAGGGAGCGUAAUAGCAGAUGGUGUAGGACAGUACACCUAUAUGAACAGUGAAAUGCAAAUAGAUUUUCUUAAUGAAAAGUUGGAAUCUGUACUAGACAACAUCUUACAUGAGCCAGAUGCUUUCCAAAACUUGAUUGAAGCUCUUGGAAACAAGUCAAUCGACGAUCCAAAACUCGAAAUGGCAGCUAUUGAAAUUAACAACAUAAACGAUCUGAAGCCAUACGUGAGUUGCAGCAUAGCUUUUAACAACUACUCUGCAGAGAUUAUCAAUGGAAGCUGGAUGUGUAUGGGGUAUUGUUACGAUGACCAUGAUUACUGCAAUAAGCAUGGAGAGUGCCUUAACACGAUUAAGGGACCAAUUUGCCAGUGCUAUGAGUCUUUCCUCGAUGUAUACUAUGGGCCACAGUGUGACCUGUAUCGGCGAGGAGCAGGCUUUUAUGGCGUGCUUUUUGGAAGUCUGGUAGCGUUCCUCCUCCUGUUCAUUGUUCUCAUUGUAGUCAUAAUAACGGUACACAGAAACCGUGGCAAAUCAUGGUUUUUGGACAGGAGGCUCAGAACAUUUGAAACCUUCGAUGAAGACUUCUUUGACUUUUCAAACAGAGGACCUCUAAGAAAUUUGCUGCUUCGACUCAGAGGAAGACAAGCGGACAUUUUCAGUGUUGAAAACAGCGUAUCUGUGGUAGAUGAAAGUUUGCCUGGGACAUUCAGACCACGACUAGAUAUGGUAGACCCAUCAGUUAGUAUGAGGGUGAGACGGCCAGAUGUGAUACUGCCUCCAAACUAGAGCUCCAGGAUCAAAACGGAUGUGAAGAACAUUGCCUGAAACCGUGCUGCCUAAAGACAUCUCCAUCCAGCUACACAACAUCAGCAUUCCUUCCGACAUUGUUUAUUUAUACAGUAUAUGGAUCUGGGGUCCGUAUCUCGAAAGCGCCUUUGCUAACGACGGUAGCAACGUCCUUCGUAAGAGCGACUCAACUCUCUCUCGACAGCGACGCUCACCACUAAAUCCAAGGGAAUGGUAAAACGGUCUUAAGACGGUCUACUCUUAAGACGUUUAGCAACGACAAGAAUCGAGAAAUGGACCCCUGCUUUAGAACAAAACAAAACAGUUGUUGACACCGGUCAUGAAGACACCAAAACAUAACACACCAAGCCAACAGCACUACUUUAUUCUCACACCACACACAGGUGUUAAUUUACUGAUGCACUUUCUGCAACUUUAUUUAACUUCCAAUGGCACUAAAUCUCUGACUGCAAGAUAUUCAAUUGACGUGUUGCUGCAGCAGGACCCAAAUAGGAGGCUGUACAUUCAUAGUCUCUUUUAAUUAUUAAAGGGUCAAGUAUUUAUAUGUUUUAUACACAACAGAAUACAAUGUUUUAUAGAAUGUGAUUCCUUUGCAGGACAUUGAAAUGUUUUUGAUGAUGCACUUUAAAAGCCUGUGUUACUCUCACAAUCCUCCAACCAUAAUUGUUCUUGCAUUCGGAUAUUCACUAGAUUAAUGUGAAUGGGAGUCUAAAAUGCACCUAUAGGCUACAAAUGAUGGUAUAUAUUUUAUUUUGACAUUAUUUAAUGUAUUAUUUCAAAUCCUGCAUACAUUCCAAAACUCUAUGUAGUCGUCUGGAAUGUUCUUGAAACUCCCCAGAAUCUAACAGUCGUGUUUUAAACAACAUUAUUGGAUUUAUUUAGUUUCAUUUCAUUGUAAGGGGUGUCUAUUUUAUUGUGUUUUUCUUUUCCUUUUUAAAUAUGUGUUUCAUGUCUGUAUUUUUUGUUAUAAGGUCUGGAUAUUACAUGUAUGAUUGUGAAUAUUAU